UCUUUUGUCCACUGUGGUCCAUCUUCUUCAACACUGUUUCCGCACAGGCGCGGUCUUUUUGUUCGAAAUGCAUCAAAUAACCCUAGCUUAGAUUGUCUCUGUCUGCUUUGACGCAAUGUUUAUGUAAAUAGCUGCGUGGAAAAUGGACAAUGAGAAUUCUCAGAAGGAGCCUGCCUCCAAGAUCGAAACCCCAACUCCAAAAUCCAAAUUCGAGGACUCUCCAGUGUUCAACUUCAUUAACAAUCUCUCUCCCUUUGAGCCAGUCAAAUCCUUCUCCAGUGCUCAGACGUUUAGCUCUCUCAAUUUCACAUCCCCUCCUCCUGUCUUCGCCUCUCCCCACCCCAAUUUCCACCGAGAGUCCAGAUUCUUCAGAUGUCAGCACUCUGUUGAUCGUUCAAAGGCCUUAGGAGAUGGAUCUGUUUCUAAAGAAGACCGUGAGGUGGAUCUAAACAAAGAUGCUACUCUGGAAGAUGAAGAAGAAGAAGACACUGAAACUUCUUGUGAGCUGCCACAGAUCCUCAGCUCUGACGGCCAAAGUCCUCCUCAUCACGGUGAAGAUAUUGUCACCCAAACACUCCUACCUCCAUCUGAUCCUCCUUUAGGAGAAGACAACAAUGGCUCGUCUAUGAAUAGACUCCAGAAGAUUCCUGAUUCUCAGGAAGAAGAGAAUGGCACUCCUGACUCUAGACGUUUGAUGGCAGAUGCAGCAGCUGAGCUUCUAGUGUUUCGGUCUCCCAAUGACUCAGAGGCUUUUACAUGCCUUGUUGAUAAAAUAUCUAGCUCUGAGAGACGUUUCUUCGCUGGUGUCAAGCACCAUCAUAUCAUUCCAGCCAAUGGAUCAAGCAAUGAUAAUGAGCCUUUAGCAGUAGUUCCCAAUCAGCUUGUCUCUAACGUGCACCGUGGUAGCAUGCGAAGACGCUGUCUAGACUUUGAAGUGCCAGGGAAGCGGAAGAAGGAUGACGAUCAGCAAACUGUGUGUGACAACAAUAAGCCAGAAUCUUCUUCCUCCAAAUGUGUUGUUCCUGGUAUUGGUCUCCAUCUAAACGCCAUUGCAAUGGCCUCAAGGAACACUAAGAUCAGCAUCACGCAUGAGUAUUCAUCAUCUGAAGAGGUUCAAAACACUUUCUCAGGCUCUAUCACUCCGGUUCACUCCCAAGACACCGUGCCAGAAACUUUGGACCAAGCAGAGAGCCAGCCUGGGGAAGAAGCUCCCAAAGCAUUGGUGUUCGAAGAGUUGAUUCCGGACAGCCUGCAGAAAAAGAAGCAAGUUCUUGAAGGUGGAGAGGGAGAGGGAGAGUCAUCAUGUAAGAGAUGCAACUGCAAAAAGUCAAAGUGUUUGAAGCUUUACUGUGAAUGCUUUGCUGCUGGGGUUUAUUGCAUAGAGCCAUGCUCAUGUGUUGAUUGCUUCAACAAACCUAUCCAUGAAGACACUGUCUUGGCCACCCGUAAACAGAUUGAGUCCAGAAAUCCACUUGCGUUUGCUCCUAAAGUCAUCAGAAACUCUGAUUCUUCCAUCAUGGACACUAGCGAUGAUGCAAGUAAAACUCCAGCGUCUGCACGACACAAACGAGGCUGCAACUGCAAGAAGUCAAACUGUCUGAAGAAAUACUGUGAAUGCUAUCAGAGCGGAGUUGGAUGUUCCAUAAACUGUAGAUGUGAAGGAUGUAAGAAUGCAUUCGGAAGAAAAGAUGCGUAUUUACAUACCAUCAUGGAGAGCAAACAAGAGGAUGAUCACGAAACAUAUGAGAAGAGAACAGAAAAAAUCCAACAAAACUCGAAAGAAGUCGAGCAGAACCCACAACCAUCAACACCACUGCCACCAUACAGAAAUUUGGUGGUUCAUCAGCCAUUUUUGUCUAGGAACAAGCUGCCUCCGACUCAGUUUUUCCUCGGCGCGGGGUCUUCCUCAUUUAGAAAGCCAGAUUGUGAUGUAACACAGUCAAUGAAUGAGAAGAAGUCGCUUGAAACGGUGACAGAAGACAAAACAGAGAUUAUGCCUGAUAUUCUCAACACUUCCCCUAUUAAGGCAAACUCUCCCAACAGCAAGAGAGUCUCUCCUGCUCACAUUGGCCCCUCGGAACCGGGCUCAAUCCUAGGGAAGAGAAGUAAUGGCCGGAAGCUGAUAUUACGGUCUAUUCCAGCUUUUCCUUCUCUUAAUCCAAAUCAGUGAAACAAGAACACCAACUAUUUGUAAUGUUUGUAAGGUUCUAGCCUAUCACCUGUUUCAUAACAUCAGCAACAUGUUCUUGACUUCUUCUUGUAAGAUACUUCUGUUUGGGCAGGUAAUGUAAUAUCACAAUUCCAGUGUAUGAAAUGCAUCCAAAAAUGGAUUUUGAGAAA